CAGCAGUCCAGAUCUGCCUUCAGUAGCUACUGCCCCUGACGACGCUAACACAGACGACCAGACCAAAGAUCCCAAAGGCUCGGACGAAUCUCUCGGCAGCAAAAAAUCGGGUUCCUCCGGUGACUCUGGCGUCGAGCGCGACAACACCCCCCCAGCCUGAGCCAUGAGGACUCUGGGUAAUGAAGACAACGAGCAGGUCCAAGGAGACGAAUAACUUUUAGUUUGGGAUUCAUAAAAGAAAAAGGGGAAUAUAAAAAUCAACAAUAAGUUCAUAUGAAAAGCUCAAAAAAGGCAUCAAAUGCCUCCAAGUAACAGGUUUCAGGGGACGGGGUGGACCUUAAUUGACAGGUGAAUGAGUUUCAGUAUUUAAACCGCAUCCACGUGGCCUUGUGUUGUAGCUAUGGAAACAUAAAUAAUAUAAAAAAUAUAGUUUGUCGUUGGUCUCGAGUGGCUAGACGUUAAGCGAGCUUGUUUUGGAGUUCAGAGGUAGAGACUCAGUAAAAGAGUGACCUGUAGUAAAUGUAAUGCAUCACAUUUGUCACAUUGACCCAUUUUCAGUUAAUUCUUCUCUUUUUUUUUUUUUUUUGUCCCCAAAAAAUGGGCCGCUGAAGAUGUCAACGCUACAAAUAUCAAACACCAAAAACACCCCCAAAAAAAGCACCCAUAACAUUGAAAAAGUGGCAAAAAUGUG